AUGAACAACGCCAGUGCUACAAAGGGGUCGGAAAUCCUAAGGGUCAUUGUGUUGUCUGUCGCAAUAGCAACCGUAAUUAGAAUCGUAGGCUUAGCCAUCUUAAUAGGGGUACAAUGGCGAAGGCACUACCACUAUCACCGUUCUCCGUCACGUCAAAAACCGCUUCAAAAGCCCGAGAACAUGAUAUCAGCACAAACCGACAUUAUCGGGCACAAGGAUAACACCACGCCCACAAGCUCCUCGGACUCGACUCAGACUAGACCCCUCAGGGAAGAAGCGCCACCGCAUCUACAAGGGAAAAGGAAAAUGUUUUCGAAUGCCUCGCCUACAAAUACUUGGGACAGAGUAGUUCCAUCCAAAAAUAGGGCUUUGCGCUCGGAAUGCACCCCCAAGAGCCAUCAUUUGUCGGAAACAGUCUCAUUCGCGCCCACAUACUGCGGUGAUGCUCCAGAAAACCCGGGCUCAGAGAUCGAUGACGAUGCGAAAUUUGGUAUCAUCAAAAUUGGAUUCAAAGAACCCGACUUGAAAUACUUUCCUGAGCGGGAACGUCCGAAUCAUUCAAGAUCAAGAAUUAGGGAAAACGCCACGCAUGUUGAGACGAUGAGGGACGAGAACUGCGCCCCAAACUCGUCAACUGCCACUCUCGUCGCGCAUCAACCUAGCGUUGGGUACCUCGGGGUCCCGAAGAGAUCGAUUGCAGUUGAGGAUGAAGAACUUGAUGGUGAGGUUUCUCAGAAGGAGCGGUUGGACGUACCAGAUGAUGCUAAGUCUCACUAUAGCAUGUCUACUCUUGUCACACCCGUGGAAACUGUAACUUCCAAGGUGGAUGACACGUGGAUUUAG